GGUGAUUGGGGAGUAUAUUGAGUUUUAUGAUCAGAAUAUUGAGGGAUAGAAUUCUUGGCGACCGAAGAUGUAGCUGUUCGUACAGAAGUUAUUUGAAUUUGUUCUGAUGUCGAAUCAGAUGCUGUGGAACGAGCGAAAGAGCUGAAAGUACUGCUCUAAAAGAUAUGUAGAAUUAUUAUCUGUUCUUUUAGAGCAGUACUUUCAGCUCUUUCGCUCGUUCUUUGAUCUUUCUAUGUAUGUGUUAAAUGUAUUAAUUGCGGAUAUAUUUUAAACUAAGAUGCUUACGGGUGUACUCGUGGAUGUUUCAGGCUCAAUGAAGAAGAGCCUCCAACUAAAUGUUACUCUGACAGAUCAAAAAACCACUCGUGCUGAAUCUAUAUUCAGUACGAUCAUCAACAUAGCCAAACGUGAAGUCAACUAUUACGAGAAUCAAGAAAAAUUCACAUUGACAUUUGGUCUACCGGAUGUAAAUACAUGCGACCUACUGUCUUUACUGGAGUAUGUCAAAACGUUAAAUGAGUCAACUAACGUCGAUGGUUAUGAAUCUUUGAUUCAGUUAUUGGCAGACAAUGGAGCACCACGUGCUGGUGAAUACGUCAGACAACAUUUAACAAAGAAAGAAGCACUAUUUCUUUACAAUUUUUAUUCUGAAGAUUUGUCUAAGUUAAAAGAACUUAUCGAACAGCUACCGUCUGCAUGCAAAGAAAAACCUCGUCCGAUAGACGCUGGGUUGCAGGCUAGCUCGCGAGUCAGAUCCUGGGUCGAGUCGGUGACCAAACCGCCACCGCUAUCGGAGGCCAAAUCAGUGGGCGAAUGGGUGCUUCUAUCAGUGGGCAUAUGGACGUUGAAAUCAGUGGUCGGAUUAGGUGCCGGAGUACAGGCCACAUUAAGUACUAGUUUAGAUGCCAGACAAGAAGCCGCAGUACAGGGCGUAUUGAAAGCCAAGAACAUCGGAUCGGGUUUUGGAAUAUGUUCGGACUCGAAUGAAACUGAAAGACAAGCUACUAGAGAACAAGCUGAUCGAGCCAUGAAAUAUGCAAAAGAUGUAAUUCGUGAACGUACUCUACCUCGAUUGAGAGAGAUGUCAAGACCAAUUAGCAAAUCUUUAGAGUCCACUAUCAAUUUACUACAAGAAGUUGCUGGUAUAUCACCAUUGUCUAAUUUAUCUCCAACACAAAAAUCCAUGUCAGCCGCGGAGCUCUCGUUUCUUGUCGAUUCUAUUGAACCAUACACUUAUGGAAAUACUCCUUUGUGUGAGGCAUUAAGAGCAGCCCUUGAUAUGUUUCAUUCCAGCAUUCACUCUCGUAAAGUCCUAUUUCUACUUUCUGAUGGAGAAGCAACAGAUGGAGAUCCUUUUCAGUUUGCUCAACAGUUUGGUGAUAAGGGUGUUGUUGUUUUUGUUUGUUGGGAUUUGCCUGAAGCUGGUCGUAGUCGUCUUUUUAUUCAAGCAAAUCAUCCUGAUGUGAUUAAAGAAUUUUCAAACCUAUUGAAUUAUAUAUCCGAACAUAAUGAUGAAUGUGAUUGA